GGGCUUGGGGGACUUCUGGAGUCCGCGAAAUCGGCCAAGUCAGCUACGUUCCUGCUGCGGCCGCCGCGUUCCCAGGCCUUGGGCGAUGGAGAACGGAGCGGUGUACAGCCCCACCACGGAGGAGGACCCGGGCCCCGUCAGAGGCCCCCGGAGCGGCCUCGCUGCCUGCUUCUUCCCGGGGCGGCUCGUUUGGUACCGGCAUGUUCUCAAAGGCUUGCAGCUGGUGCUGUCUCUCUUGGCCUUUGUCUGUGAAGAAGUUGUAUCACAGUGUACUUUGUGUGGAGGACUUUACUUUUUCGAAUUUGUAAGCUGCAGUGCCUUUCUUUUGAGUCUCCUCAUGUUGAUUGUGUAUUUCACUCCACUUUAUGAGAAAAUCGAUGCCACCAAAAUAAAAUCAUCGGAUUUUUAUAUUACUCCGGGAAUAGGAUGUGUAUUUUUGCUGGCAUCCAUCAUCUUUGUGUCCACGCAUGACAAGACUGCAGCUGAAUUUGCUGCAAUCGUGUUUGGGUUUAUAGCAAGUUUUAUGUUCUUGAUUGACUUUCUUGUUAUGCUCCGUGAAAAACGACAGGAGUCCUCGCUGAGAAAACCUGAAAAUACCACUGCGCCAUCAGCCCUCACUGAACCACUUAAUGCUUAA